AUACUAUGUGAUAAAGAUUUUAGCUUUCAUUUGUAAAGAGAGGGAAGUGGAUAAAUCACUGCUGCUGUCCUCAGGAUAAACGAAGUAUGGAGCAGUGGGAUAGCUUUUCUGAUCAACCAGAGGACGCUGACAGCUGUACAGAAUCUGUGAAGUUUGAUGCUCGCUCAAUGACAGCUUUGCUUCCUCCGAAUCCCAAAAAUGGCGCUGCCCUUCAAGAGAAACUGAAGUCCUUCAAAGCUGCCCUGAUUGUCCUCUAUCUCCUUGUGUUCGCAGUUCUCGUACCCAUCACGGGAGUAGUGGCAGCUCAACUCCUGAAGUGGGAAAUGAAGAAUUGCACAGUUGGUUCAACUAAUGCAAAUGAUAUAUCUCAAACUCUCACUGGAAAAGGAAAUCACAGUGAAGAUGAAAUGAGAUUUCGAGAAGUUGUUAUGGACCACAUGAGCAACAUGGAGAAGAGAAUACAAUCUAUUUCAGACACAGAAGCCAAUCUCAUAGAUUCAGAGCAUUUCCAAAAUUUCAGUGUGAUGACUGAUCAAAGAUUUAAUGACGUUCUUCUCCAGCUGAGUACUUUGGUUUCCUCAGUCCAGGGACAUGAAAAUGCAAUAGAUGAGAUCUCCAAGUCAUUAAUAAGUCUGAAUACCACCUUGCUUGAUCUGCAACUCAAUAUUGAAACAGUGAAAGGCAAAGUCCAUGACAAUACAUUUAAACAACAAGAGGAGAUCCGUCAAUUAGAGGAGCGUGUGUACAAGGCAUCAGCAGAAAUUACGUUCGUGAGAGAAAAGCAAGCGCAUUUGGAGGAGGAAAUAAAAGGGGAAGUGAAAGUAUUGAAUAACAUCACUAAUGAUCUCAGAGUGAAAGAUUGGGAGCAUUCUCAGACAUUGAAAAAUAUCACUUUAAUUCAAGGUCCUCCUGGGCCCCCAGGUGAAAAAGGAGAUAGAGGUCCCGCUGGAGAAGUUGGUCCACGAGGCUUUCCAGGUCCAAUAGGUCCUUCAGGUCCUAAAGGUGAUCGGGGAGCAGUUGGCUUUCCCGGAAGUCGCGGAUACCCAGGACAACCGGGGAAGAGCGGGAGGACAGGAAAUCCAGGACAAAAAGGCCAGAAGGGAGAAAAGGGGAGUGGAAGCAUGCUAACUCCAUCUAAGACGGUUCGACUGGUUGGUGGGAGCGGCCCUCACGAGGGCAGAGUGGAGGUUUUUCAUAACGGCCAGUGGGGUACAGUUUGUGACGAUCGCUGGGAACUGCGUGUCGGACAGGUCAUCUGCAGGAGUUUGGGAUACCAAAAUGUUCAAAAUGUGCACAAGGGAGCUUAUUUUGGACAAGGUACUGGUCCAAUAUGGCUGAAUGAAGUAUUUUGCUUUGGGAGAGAAUCAUCUAUCGAAGAGUGUAAAAUCAAACAAUGGGGUGUGAGAGUUUGUUCACAUGCUGAAGAUGCUGGAGUCACUUGCGCUGUAUAAUGAACGUACCAUAUUUUCAUUUACACUUAUGAAAUCACUGCAAAAUGACUUUUUAUGACUUUGCUCCAUUAAAUCAGUUUGAUGAAUAUUUAAGAGAUUAAGAAUAUUGUCCAAGGAAAAGGAAUAUUAAAAGUCAGUGGAUAAAUAUAUUGAAUACCUUCAUACUUACUGUAUGUCUAUAUUUGAACCAUUUUAACUUCUCUAUGUUUUUAAUGGACUUUUCUAACAUAAUGACGUAUAUUGAAUUGAGUAUAUUGAAGUUUAUACAUAUUCUUACAUAGAAUAUAUAUAUUCUAUACAAAAGUCAAUAAUCAUGGAAACACA